AUGUCCGUGGAAUUCUCCUACUAUCGACCCUCCACGCCCCCUGCAAUGCACCUGCAAGAAUACGUCGGAACGGGGCAUAGCCGCAAUGCUUCUGAUUCCUCCGUUUACUCCAACAACUCAUCGCCCUGGUCUGCCGUUACAUCGGCCACCAGUCCAAUUGUUGAUUCUCCACCGCAGCAUCACCAUGGGCCUGCUCUGCUUCCGAAGAUUCGGCCACAAGACGUUGUGAUUGAGCCUCCACCCACCAGUGGGGCUCAUCGUCAGCGGCGGGUGCUAUCAAAUACCCGGAAUCCUCCCGGUUUCCUGCCCUUUUCUUCCAACCGCCGGUCGAGCCAUCGCAGUGUUGUCGAGGCCCCUGGCUGUGUUCCUCUGGUAUCCCCGGUGGGGCCCUCGCCGACAUACGCUGCGCGCAAUGGUUCGGCAUUGUCGUCUCCCGUGAGCGUCACCCCGUUACAAAAGCGCAAGGCGACUAGCGGACAUUCUCGAUCCGUAUCUGCACCCAACGUGGAGGACUCCAGACCGGGCCGGGGCAGCUACCCAGCGUAUCGGCAGGUCCUCCGAUACGCGUCUCACCCUCAGAGCUCUCCCACCACACCAGCUACGCCGGUCACACCUAAUAUCAUAGUGUAUCCUCCCCAUGCCCAGCACUCGCCCGUUGAGCCAUGCUACCCCAGAGUGUGGCCUCCAGUCCAGGUCCCGCUGAUGCUCCCCGGCUCACCAUACGGCUAUGUGCGAGCCUCAAGCGCCCAGUGCUCUCCCGUCGGGGUUGUCCACCAGACCGAGGGGCCGCAGCAGUCGACCACGUUGCUUUCGUAUUUGACUGCUCCGACGCAAGCAAUCAACCUCGUUCGCAAUGUCAACGUGAUUCCGACGCGGGGCAUGCACGAGUUCUUUUGGUGGGACAUUCGAAACUUGCGCAGUUGGACCUCGUUUUCUCUGGCCACAUUCAACUCUAUCAGUGGCCUUCCCAAGCUCCUCAAGACGGCAAUUCCUUCGCACCUCACUCCUUUCACCAUUCUUCCAAGCUCCUAUCUAGCUCCAGAUAGCGAGCCAGCCCUGGUAAGCGUCAUCCGAGACAUCUAUGCGCCUCGGAUCAAUGCGGCCUUGGCGGUAUCCCAGGGCCCGGAGCACUUGACCCUAUACGAUGUCCCCAUUCCACGCGCGGCUCCCAACAAGCACUACGGUGGGCCACACUUUCUUGCCAAUUACGCGUCGGACACGGAACGGACAAGCUCAGGCCUGCCACGAGGACGGCUCGUUGGGAUCGUCAAGACGUUCGACCGCUGGAACACGGGGAUGCGUAAUGAAGCACCUCACCGCAGGGUAGAAUAUCUCAACGGCCUGGCUCAUUUGCAGCGGUGCAUGCGCGAGCAUUCCUGCCGAUAUGGCUUCAUCCUUACGGAAAUCGAGCUCGUCUGUGUGCGGGCGGGUUGUGACGAGGGCGAUGAUGUCCCCUACUUUGGUUUCUUGGAACUGUCUGCCCCAAUCCCAACGAAAAUCGCGGUCAGCCAGCACGGCCACGACUCAGGACCGUAUUCCGGCGCUUAUGGUUAUCCGCACUCACCCACGCCAUCCACCGACAGUUCCCUGGCAAGCCAAUCUCCCGUGCUGGAUAGUUAUCCCAUGCUGGGAUCGGAUGAACUGGAUGUGCCCAUGACCGCCAGCCUGGCUUUGUACUUUUUGCUGAUGUUGUCGAAAUCGGUGCCCUUGCCGGCGCAACCGUCCGCCCAUCUCAACGUGGGAGGACCCGGUGCGUUGACCCGGCAGCGCAUCCUGCCCGAGGGGAAGGACAAAUGGAUCCCCGAGCCUCAGAUUGGAGAGCGCCGUGAUGCCAAGCGAGUGCGAGGCUGGGUGUGGCCGCAAGAUGCCUGGCAUCGCCGGGAGGGGGGCGGCGCUCCUCGUUCGCGGGCGAUGACUGCAGAACCCCGACCGAAAAAGUGGCACAAAUGA